UGCAGCCUGAGAAGUUUACACAACAAAGAUGGCGGCGCCCUGUAGGAACCUACUGAGGUCGGUGGCUGUUAGAGGUUUAUGUCAGAUAUCAGGCCGUUUUCUAUGGACGCAUCGACCUGCUGCCCCUGAAGCGCAGAGACUGGGAUCAUGUCUGGGUGUCCCGCUCCGCAGAUCGGUCCACUGCGGGACGCGGCUGAGGUGCGCAAAAACGGAGCCCCCGAAAGCAGCCGAGGAGCUGCACCACCCGCCGCCGGAAUACAUUCCCAAGAGGAAGGCCAAAAACCCCAUGGUCAAAAUCGGAUACGCCUGGAUGAUUGGGUUGCCCUCGGGAAUAAUUGGGUUCAUUCUCGCUAAGAGGGAGGUUGACAAGAACCGGCUGAAGCAGCUGAAAAUCCGACAGCGGAUGAAAAGGGCGAAUGAAGGGGAGUACGAGAGCGACAGAUACCGAGCAGCCACCAAAGCCGAAUGACGCUUUCAUUUUUAUUUACAAAGAGAAACCGGCACCAUUACUCGGGAAGCUGUGUC